UUCAGUUUGUUAACAUACAAAUUCAAUUAUUCUGAUAGCUACAAGUUGGCUGUAAUCAGAUUAUUUUGUGCAUCUCAAAGAAACCUUUGCGUCUUUGUUGCUUGGAGGAUUUCGGAUUUGACAAAAGGUUUGGGUAAAAGCUGGCCAUGAUCUCGUUCAAGAUGGGGAUGUUAUUUCUGUUGGCCUCAGACUAUGUGACCAAUGCGACUGGAAUGUCGUCAACACAAAAUAACAUGCAGAGCGUUUGUCAAACGAAAGACUGUCGAUUAGGUCAACAGAUAGCUAGAAUGAUGGAUACAAGAGUCGAUCCUUGUGAAGACAUGUACCAGUUCUCAUGCGGAGGUUGGAUUCGUGAUAAUCCAUUGCCUGACACAACGGAGUAUCUCACGUUGAUAGACAAACUGGAGUCUCAAAAUAGAAAAGAGAUGAUUCAAUUUUUGGAGAGUGAUGACGUCAAGUGCCUCAAUUCUACGGCCGUAGAAAAACUAAGAACGAUAUUUAAGACCUGUGUGAAGACGGAACCGAAUGAUGCCCUGUUGUAUAGAUCACUUGUCAAUUAUAUUGACUACAUAGGAUCCUGGACAGUCACUCCGACCCCCGGAGGAUGGAACGAAGCCAGCUGGUCACUACAACAAGCUCUUGAGAAAAGUCACUCACUGUGGGGAAAUAGCUUUUGGACUUACUUCAUUUCUAGACGUAUACUCAAUGUACGUCAAAAUGGGCUUAUGAAUGAGGUUCAGACAAAAACGAACGGCAACCCAUUUGAUGAGCCAGCAUUCAAAGAGGCCUUCAUGAACGAGACUGUACCACUUGCGCUACUUCUAGGCGGAGAGGAACAGACCGCACGAGACAAGCUGGAAGCAGUUUAUGAGUUUCAAAAGAAUUUAUCCAAGAUAUUCCGUCCUGCAGAUUUAAAAGUUCAAGCGAGUAAUAUCACGUCGGUCAAAAAAAUGACUGUGGGAGAAUUUCAGACCUUACUAGGAUCAUGGAUCGACGUAGACAAAUACUUUUCUGCUGUCGCUGGUCAAACAUUUGUAACUAAAGAUGAUGAAAUGAAUGUCAUUGAUUUUGAUUAUUUUAAGAGGCUCGGAUACAUCAUCCAGGAAACCGACAAAGAAGUUUUAGCCAACUAUAUUGUCUACAAUUUCGUCAAACUUGCACGCAGUUAUUUCCCUUCAUACAUGCCAACAAAUGGUAACUCUCGAACAGAGGAGUGUUUUGAACUGUUGGUAACGAAUGACUUAGUGUGCCCUUUAGAUUCACUGUUUAUCAAGAAACAUCUCUCUCCACAGCUUCAUAGCAAGGUUGCUCUCAUUGUCAAUGGUCUAGAACAUCAGUUCGUCAAAACCUUUGAGGACUCAGACUGGAUGGAUUCAAAAGAUAAAUCAGAAUUAAUUUCAAGACUGAAAUUCAUGGAUAUAUUAAUCGGCGGUGAAGACUGGAUUACUGACCUAGUAAAAAUAGAUCAAAAGUAUGAAGCUCUUGAAGCUGUGGAAGGAGACUAUCUACAAAAUCGGGCUAACAUAGUCAGGUUUAGAAAAAACAAGAAAGCAAGAAGUCCUCCAGAGAAACUAGUGUUAUUUUCCUCGUACCAUCCGUAUCUUGAAUAUGAAGCAAAUUACAAUGCUUUGAAAUUACACGCUGGCAUCUUAAUGGAACCUCUUGCAUCAGCAUCCUAUCCAGAUGCCUACAUGUAUGGCUCCAUUGGUACAAUCAGUGGUAACAGGAUAAUCGAUGGUUUGGUCAGAGAUAGACACUAUUAUUACAACAACGACAGUUAUGAGGAAUAUUUCCUGUUAAACAGCAUGGAUAGAACUUUAACAAACAGAUCACAAUGUUUGAAAGAUCAGAUUGACUCCUACCAGCUUCAUGGGGAAAACCUAAGUGGUCAAUUAAAGAUAGAUCCAUUUAUUGCUGACAAUGGAGGUUUUACGCUGUCCUACGGAGCCUAUAAAAAUGCGUUUAAAUCAAAACAUACUUUGCCAAACUUGAACCUAACUGAGGACCAACUGUUUUUUGUCGGCUUGAGCCAGUACUAUUGUGGUCAUUACGAUCCGGAGUAUGAGUUAAAUAAAAUUAAUGACGACGAUCACGUUCCGGAUAAGCUCAGGGUGUUCAACGUUAUGGCCAACAGUCCAGAAUUCGCAAGAGCUUUUAAGUGUUCAGAAAGGUCAGCUUUAAAUCCUGAGAAGAAAUGCAGUGUUUGGUGAAGUCUUGAACCAUGGAAUAUUUCCUGCCUGUUAAAACAACACACUCUGUUAAAUGUUAGCGUUAAUUUUGUGUAUAAAACCAAAUUGUAUGCAAUAUAAUUUAGACCAUUUUGUUUGCCUAUAUUUUCUAUGUUAAUAUAAUUAUCAAUAAAAUGAAGUAAACACGA